UGGGAAGGUCGUGAGAUGGCGGCCGUGCUGGAGGUGGUGCUGAGCUGCGAUGCCGGGGGCUCGCUGUGGAACUGCAACGUGUGGGAGCCACGCUCCGGGACCACGCUCACCAGUUACCGGGGCGGCAAUACCUCGGCUCGAACCUUGUGCGUUUUAGGCGGCGAGUAUCUUCUGGGAGCGCAGCUCGGCAAGAAUUACAUCAACGUGUGGGAACUGCAGCGGAAGGAUCAAUUGCAGCAGAAGAUAGUCUGUCCUGGGAUUGUUACCUGCCUUGCUGUGUCACCCAAUGGACUUUAUGUUACGGCUGGGAUUGAAGAGAGCAUCUACUUGUGGGAGGUAUCUACUGGAAAUCUUCUGCUCACACUGUCUAGGCAUUAUCAGGAGCUGACAUGCAUUCGCUUCACUGAUGACAGCAGCCACUUCAUCUCGGGAGGGAAAGAUAAUCUUGUGAUGGUGUGGAAUUUGUGCAGUCUUUUGCAGAUCAGCUAUGCUCGUGUUCCUGAACCCCAACAUGUUUGGUCCCGUCAUACCUUACCAGUGACAGACAUACAUUGUGGAGUUGGAGGUCCCCUAUCUCGUGUUGCAACAGCAUCUCUUGAUCAAACUGUGAAACUUUGGGAGAUAUCCUGUGGGGAACUCCUGAUGUCUGUGCUAUUUGAUGUUGGAAUCAUGUCUGUGGCUCUUGAUCCUUGUGAAUAUUACCUAUUCUGUGGAGGAAACGAUGGAUCCAUAUUUCAGGUCAACUUGUUCACUGGGCCUGUUCAGAGAGAGAAGAAUUUUCAGACUGAUAAAGAUGGCAGUCAGAUUUUCAAGGGACAUCGGAAUCAGGUGACUUGUUUGUCAGUCUCCAUUGAUGGAACACUGCUGAUUUCAGGAUCACAUGAUGAGACAGUGAGGUUAUGGGACAUUCCAAGCAAGCAGUGCUUAAGAACAGUUAAUCAUAAAGGACCAGUGACAAAUGCCUUUCUGAUGAUUGCUUCAGCUAACAUGUUUAACCCUGACUGCAGACCCAACAUAAGUCUUCCAAAAUUUAGUAAACAUGUACGCAGCUCUGAGAUCACAGAAAGUGAAGAAGGAUGUGCUAUAACCCUAUGUCUUCAGCAUGGCCAGAAGGAGGCUCAGGAAAGCUACCUGGAAAAAUCUGAGGAGUUGUAUUCUGUUAUGUGUGCUGCUGCAGAUAAGCACAUGUUGGGAGAUGGCGAGAACACAAAAAUGAGAGUGGCUGAGUUGGAAGAUGAACUGAAGACAUUGAAGAAGAUCAAUAGAGACUUGUAUGAUUUUUCAGUGCAAGUUCUGACCAAACAGACAUAAGUAAAAGAUGAAAAAAGAAAAUGCUGCAAAUUAUGUGGCUGUGUCAAACAUUAGUAUUAAUAUCAACACCAGCUAUGUAAAAUGAAUUGGUACACUUGAGCAUUUCCAAUUGUGUCCUAUUUAUACAAGUCUGUUUAAUUUGAGUUAUUUGUACUGAGCUUUCAGAGGUCAGAUGUUUGUCUCCUGCACUUCUUCCCAUUUGCAGAGUCAGGCCCAGUUAAGUCAGAUGUUUCUUGAGCUCAUUUUACAUUGUCCAUGUGGGCUUGUUAGCCAUGUCAAUUCCUAAUAGAUGUGAUACUAUUAUUGGCAGAGUACAAGCUUGCCAGAUUUGCUAAUCUUGAUGUGGAGGGGCCAAUUAAUAUUUGGCCUGCUGAGAUUUUAAUUUUGCAGAUGGUAUUGCCUUUACCUUCUAUUUGUUUACAAAUACAGCAGAGCCUUGCCUUCAGGUCCUCCCCAGGUUGCUGUUCAUAACCCAGACAGUUCACAAGUCAGAACUGCAACCGUGAACAGAGUUUCCUCAUUGCAGAAACUCCUCCCCCCCCAGCAGCCAGAAAAUCCAUACUGCCAGUCUUCCAAGCACUCGCAAGUAUGAGCUGAGAAGGACCUGUACACUGUGUGGCCCCAAGUGCUUGGCAGUUUGAGCCCUGUUGGCACAGUCUUAUUUUGAGAGUUUUGGGGAAAUAAAUGGUUUGGCUAGGGCUGUUUUCACAGUUUGGUUUUCUUUUUGAGCUAUGAUCAAUUAUAUCAAUAAUUUUAGAUACUCCACAAACUUACUAGAACAUGGACUUAAAGCUUCCUAGAAUUCAUAUAGGAAUCCUGGCUUCCCCUCUUUCUCUGGGGAGUUUACCUUUUAUUUCCCCAAUUCCACAGAGCAGUGUGAAUCACAGCCACAGACCUACGUUUGUGCAGUCUCUAAGGUGGUUUCCAAACAAGGGAUUUGAGAUUGUGAUGUUGAGAUAGUUACUGAAGGAACUGUGAUCAUGUGGUACUGUUGUCACAUUUUGAUUAGUCAAUGCUAGAAUAUUUUGCUGAUUUUUUUUUAUAAAUUGUGUGUGUUUGACCAAUGAAAGUGGUUAGAAUCCCAACUCCCACUGUAAUGUCUGUGUUCCAGUUUGUACCAUGUACAUUUUCUGUUUGUUUCUGGGAGCAUUUGUCCAAUUCUUUAAAAAAAGUAAACAAUGUUAACUUUCUGUCCAGCACCUGUACUUAAUUCUAUUUGAAAUAUGAUUCAAAUUUGUAAGAAUGCACCCAUUCUGACUUGAAGUCAAUAUGAAGUUUUACCACAAGGAUUUGCAUUUAUUUAUUAAUAUAAAGAUGGCAACUGCACAGCACAAUAAGAUGUUAAGUUCAGUAUCAUGAUAGGAACUGCAGUAUAUCUAAAUAAAGGACAGUGGCAUGAAGCAAAUACAAGUGAAUUUUCAACAGUCAUUCAGCAUAGUUAUGUGCUAAAUUGGGAUGUUAUGUUGUAACUUUACAGUAUUGUGUGCAGUUCUGGUCACCACACUUCAGGAAGGAUGUGAUUGCAUGAGGGAGUUUGCAGGAAAUUCACCAGGAUGUUGGUUAAAUUGGAGGACUUAGUUAUGGGAAGAGAUUGGAUAGGCCUGGCAUGUUUUUUCUGGAGUGAAGGAGGCUGAGGGGUGACCUGAUAGAAGAACAAGAUUAUGGGAGGCAUAGAUAUGGUAGGGGCAUCAUAAAAGAGCAUAGGUUUUAGUUUUUUUUAAUAUACAAAAAGAACAGUGUGGUUGAUAUCUAGAACAUGCUGGCAGAGGUGGUGGAAUCUGAUACAGCUACUAUGUACAAGAGGCAAUUAGACCAGCACUUAAAUAGGCAAAACAUAGAAGGAUACAGCCAAAUGGGAUUAAUGCAGAUAGGCAAACAGAUCAGUAUGGAUGUGGUGAGCUGAAGGGCCCGUUUCUGUGCUGCACAAGUGAUUCCAAGUCAGGAAGGAUAAGCCUUGAUACUUGUAAAAUUGUCAGAAUGAAUUAAAUUGUUUAGCAAUAAUGGUGGCAAGUAGAAAUUGCCGAGUCUACUAAUCACUGUCACAGUUAUUACUGCACAGUAGACCAUCCAGUCCAGCUCUCUAGUGCAAUCCAAUUUGUCCCAUUUUCCAGCUGUGUUAUGUAGUUGUAUGUUCAUUUCCCUAAACUUGGCUUAGAAUUUAAGUUGUUGGAUUGUUUCAGUAUUUGGACAGUAUUAGUUCUCUAGCCUGUUGAUAGCCAGGUUUAUAGAGAAAGAGUUACAGGUUCACAGAAAAAUUAAGAGAAAAACUUAAUUUUGGUGCCUAAGAGCAGUGCUCUAGAAGCAAAAAACUUCAGGGAAAUUGAAAACACUAUACAAUUCUCUGGAAUUGCCCACAAUAUUUUAACCUAUGUUGUGACCUGCUGUGUAAUGACCAAAGGGGAAGGUGUCACACAAAGCCAACAUUGAUGCCAUCAGAAGGCAACAAGACCACAGCAACAAAGUGAAUGACAACCAAUUUAGUAACAGAAGUAAUUGCAAGAUUCAGGUAGUGAAAUUGGCACUGGGCUCCCACUUGCAAUGAGGGCAGUUACAAUGAGGCAGAAGUCUACAGAAAGAAAAUGCAUUUAGAGCUGCCAGCUGAUUUCACAUUAGAGUCCACAACAAAAAAAUAUGCCUCCAGCACUGUAGAGAAUUAUGAGAUAAUUAGUUUUAUUCUGCUUUCUGUAUGUACUGUGCUCAAUUCUAGUGCUUGACAUUAAAAGAUCCAUUCUGUUCAUCAGCUUUCAUGAAUACAGGAAAUCUAAAUGUUUAAAUUACUUUUAGAAUUCAGUGGCAAACAAUGAAAAGUAAAAUAAUUCCAAAUGCUGCAAAUUUCAAAAUCAAAAUGCUGGAAACACUCAGCAGGUCAGGCAACAUCUGCAGAGAGUAACAGAAUAAAGGUUUCAGGUCAGCAACAUUUUACCUGAACUAGAAAAGGCAGGAAAUGCGUAUGUGUUUCAUGUGGGGAGGGAGGGAUAGUGAGAACAAAGGGAAUUACUAUUAACAAAGUGUCCAGGUGACAUGGAUGCUGCUGUUAAUGUCAGAGAGAAAGUGAGGCCUGCUUGUUAAUCAUAGCUAAUCUGUUUGGAGGUGGUGUAAAUAGAGGGGGGAAAAACAAUGCAAAAGAAAGUAACAAUUGACCAUUGCAGGAAAUUGAGCUACAGAGAAUGCUGGAAAUAAUCAGCAUGUUUGUCAGCAUCUACACAGAGAAAACAGAAAAACUGAGAGAUUGUUGAAUUCAAUAUUUAGUUGCAAGGGCUGUAGUGUGAUUAGAUGCAAGACGAGUUGCCAUUCCUCAAUCACACAUUAGGAACAGUAUAGGAGGCCAAAGUCAGAAUGUGAGUGUGAUGGAGGAUUAAAGUGAAAAGCAACUGGCUCAGGGUCACUCUUGCAGACUGAAUGGAAGAAUUCUGCAAAACUGGUCACCAGAUCUGUGUUUGAUUUUUGCCAUCAGCUCCAAAUGGAGAGCAGAAAAUUUGAAGCAGUCCAAGCAAAUUGCUGCCUCACCUGCAAAGACUUUUUGGGUUCCUGGAUAUAGGUAGAGAGCAGUGGUUGGAUCUUCUGGCAUUGCUGCGAGCAGGGGAGUGGUUGGUGGAGAUGGAAGAAUAUAACCAGGGUCCCUGAGGAAACAGUUCCUUCAGAAUACUGAAGAGGGAAAAGGAGAAGGUGCAUCUGG